AUGGAUAUCGCCAGAAUCAUUAAGCCGUGGAAGCGUCAACCGCACAAGUCCUUCGUCUUCACCAAUGCUACCAUCAUCGACCCAGUCGAGGGUGCUCUGAUCCCCAAUGCAACCGUCCGCGUCGCUGACGGCAAGAUUACUCAAAUCGACACGAGCAACACAGAAAUCGAAGAAGAAAAUGUCAUCGACCUGAGCGGAAAGUACCUAUGCCCCGGCCUCAUCGACUGCCACGUCCACAUCGCCGUUGUCCCCGGUGAAGCCGACCUUCGAGCCUACAAAGAUAUGACAGAGCGCAUGAGUCUCCUGAGACAGCCACACGUCCUCAAGACGAUGAUCGAGCGCGGAUUCACCUCCAUUAGGGAUUGUGGUGGAGCUAGUCUGGCCAUGAAGGAGGCUGUGGAGGAAGGUGUUCUUCCCGGACCUCGUAUGUUCAUUGCUGGAUUUGCGCUUUCGCAGACGGGCGGACACGGUGAUAUGCGGGGACCGCAUUCGGAAGAACUGUGCUGUGGCGGUACUAUCUCUGGUAUUAGCCGGAUCGUUGAUGGACCGGCUGAGUGCUAUAAGUAUGCUCGCGAGGAGUUGCGACAGGGAGCUGAUUUUAUCAAGAUUAUGGGAGGUGGCGGUGUGGCAAGCCCGACGGAUCGCAUCGACCAUAUCCAAUUCUCUGACGAGGAGAUCAAAGCUAUUGUCACGGUUGCCAAGAAUGCUGGUACAUACGUGACUAGCCACAGCUAUACACCACAGGCUAUCCAGCAGGCGAUCAACCUGGGGGUUCGUGGCAUCGAGCACGGAAACUUGAUCGACCUGGAGACGGCCAAACUGAUGGCCGAGAAGGGCACGUUCCUGACACCAACACUUAUUGCCCACGUUAUGUCCAAGCAAAUGAACUUCCUCCCCGCCGAAAGCGCCGCGAAGAACGACGAAGUGCUGGAAAAGGGAUUGAGGGCGAUGAAGAUGGCUGUUGAUGUUGGAGUCACUGUCUGCUUUGGCACAGACCUCUUGGGUCCGAUGCACUUUGCUCAGAGCAAGGAAUUCUCCGUUCGCAGCAAGGUUCUCACUCCCAUCCAGAUCCUGCGCAGUGCCACGAUCAAUGCUGCACGUUUGCUCAUGCAGGAGGAUCAGUUGGGUCAAAUCCGUGAAGGAUUUACCGCUGACAUGUUGAUCCUUAAUGACAAUCCUCUGGAGGAUAUCACCGUCCUGGAUCGGGCUGAACAAAGCAUUCUAGGUGUUAUCAAGGAUGGACGGGUUCUCAAAUCACGCUGGGAGAAGCUGACUGCUGAAUCAUGA